CUCUGGCCUUCCUUUUCCUCUCCCCACUUCCUGUUUCCGCGCGCGUCCUCCCUCUGCGGCGUAGAGGACACGGGACGGAGCCGGGCCUGGAGGCGGAGGAGGCUGCAGGAUGUUGGCUUCAAGGGCAUUUAGCCUUCUUGGCAAAAGGGCAAUUUCCACUUCAGUUUGCCUCAGGGCACAUGGGCAUGGCGUUGUGAAAACGGAGGACUUCAGCUUGCCCUCGUAUGUCGACCGCCGGGAUAUCCCUUUGCCAGACGUUGCGUAUACAAAAACUCUCUCUUCUGGGCAGAAAGCCCUGAAAGAGAAAGAGAAGGCGUCAUGGAGUGCUCUUUCACUGGAGGAUAAAGUUGAACUGUACCACAUCAAAUUCCAUGAAAGCUUUGCUGAGAUGAACAGGCCUUCCUCUGAAUGGAAGACAGUUGUUGGCACCAUACUCUUCUUCAUUGGCUUCACUGGCUUUAUUGUCAUUUGGCAAAGGCUAUAUGUUUUUGGGCCCAUCCCUCACACCUUCUCAGACGAGUGGAAAGCCAUGCAGACCCAAAGAAUGCUGGACAUGAGGGUGAACCCGAUCCAAGGCUUCUCCGCCAAGUGGGACUACGAGAAGAAGGAAUGGAAAAAGUAAAAGCACUCCGGGAAUCGCCACUUUGGCCCCAAGCUUGAAAUCUCCAACAUGAUUCCGUCACCUCCAUGCGACUGCACUUCUUCUGGUGUCUGGGGAAUUAACUCCUCCUUGAGAGAGAAAUCUUAAUAAAUGUCUGGUUUACUUGAAAAAAAAA